AUGAUUCAGGCUGCACAAGCUGGCACGUACGAUCCCAACUACCAGACUUUGGCCGGAAUUGGUGGCGAUGUGUUUGGAGCAGAUAAGAAGGCUGCAGGCGGUGGAGGUGGUCCGAAAAAACCAAUCGCACCAGCUAAUCAGGGAGCAAAGGCGGGCACGUACGAUCCCAACUACCAAACCCUAGCUGGAAUAGGUGGUGAUGUGUUUGGAGCAGAUAAGAAGGCUGCAGGUGGAGGAGCUGGUCCAAAAAAGCCGAUUGCGCCAGCUAAUCAGGUACAUCUGAGUACUUUAACUGAAUACAUGAUAAAAUCAAAAGCUCGUAUAUCCUAA